CAGACGUGUGCUCUUCAGUUCUUGGGUGCAAAAAUGCAGAGCAAUAAAACCUUUAACUUGGAGAAGCAAAACCAUACUCCAAGGAAGCAUCAUCAGCAUCACCACCAGCAGCACCAGCAACAGCAACAGCCACCACCGCCACCAAUACCUGCAAGUGGGCAACAAGCCAGCAGCCAAAAUGAAGGCUUGACUAUUGACCUGAAGAAUUUUAGGAAACCAGGAGAGAAGACCUUCACCCAACGUAGCCAGCUCUUUGUGGGCAAUCUUCCUCCUGACAUCACUGAGGAGGAGAUGAGGAAACUAUUCGAGAAAUACAGGAAGGCAGGCGAAGUCUUCAUUCAUAAGGAUAAGGGCUUUGGCUUUAUCCGCUUGGAAACACGAACCCUAGCAGAGAUUGCCAAAGUAGAGCUGGACAACAUGCCACUUCGCGGAAAGCAGCUGCGUGUGCGCUUUGCCUGCCAUAGUGCAUCGCUCACAGUCCGAAACCUUCCGCAGUAUGUUUCUAACGAACUGCUGGAGAAAGCCUUUUCUGUGUUUGGCCAAGUGGAAAGGGCUGUAGUCAUCGUGGAUGAUAGAGGAAGGCCCUCAGGAAAAGGCAUUGGUGAAUUCUCAGGGAAGCCAGCUGCUUGGAAAGCUCUGGACAGGUGCAGUGAAGGCUCCUUCCUGUUAACCACAUUUCCUCGGCCUGUGACUGUGGAACCCAUGGACCAGUUGGAUGAUGAAGAGCGACUUCCAGAGAAGCUGGUUAUAAAGAACCAGCAAUUUCAUAAGGAGCGAGAACAGCCACCCAGAUUUGCACAGCCUGGCCCCUUUGAGUAUGAGUAUGCCAUGCGCUGGAAGGCACUCAUUGAGAUGGAGAAGCAGCAGCAGGACCAAGUGGACCGCAACAUCAGGGAAGCUCGUGAGAAGCUGGAGAUGGAGGCUGCUCGCCAUGAGCACCAAGUCAUGUUAAUGAGACAGGAUUUGAUGAGGCAUCAAGAAGAACUCCGGAGGAUGGAAGAGCUGCACAACCAAGAAGUGCAAAAACGAAAGCAACUGGAGCUCAGGCAGGAGGAAGAGCGCAGGCGCCGUGAAGAAGAGAUGCGGCGGCAACAGGAAGAAAUGAUGCGGCGACAGCAGGAAGGAUUCAAGGGAACAUUCCCUGAUGCGAGAGAACAGGAGAUACGGAUGGGCCAGAUGGCCAUGGGAGGUGCUAUGGGCAUAAACAACAGAGGCGCCAUGCCCCCUGCUCCAGUGCCAGCUGGUACCCCAGCUCCUCCAGGACUGAUGCCAGAUGGAACCUUGGGAUUGACCCCACCAACAACUGAACGCUUUGGCCAGGCUGCUACCGUGGAAGGAAUUGGGGCCAUUGGUGGAACCCCUCCUGCAUUCAACCGUGCAGCUCCUGGAGCUGAAUUUGCUCCAAACAAACGUCGGCGAUACUAAUAAAAAUUUCAGUGUCUAGUUUCCCAAAAACCCUCAAAAGAAAGACCCUUUUUGGACUAGCCAGAAUUCUGCCCUGGAAAAAGUGUUAGGGAUUCCUCCCAAUAGUUAGGUCUUCCUUGCCUGUACUACUCUAAGGGAGUAUGCUGGAGGCUGAGGGCAAGGGAGGGG